CGGAAGCUGGUACCGGAACCAACCGCCUUAACCUCGCGCUGUGGAGGUUUCUAUGGUUAGGUUGAAGACGAGUUUACAAACAGGGAACAACACCAGAGAUUAAGCUUAAAAAACACCAACACGGAGCGUAAAGAAGCGACGAAAUGCCGCACAAUUUCCGACCCGGGGAUCUCGUCUUCGCGAAAAUGAAGGGCUACCCGCACUGGCCGGCUCGGAUUGAAGAUGUGGCUGAAGGGGCUGUAAAACCGCCACCUAAUAAAAUCCCGAUCUUUUUCUUUGGCACUCAUGAGACAGCCUUCCUUGCACCAAAGGACCUCUUUGCUUAUGAGAAGUACCAGGACCGGUAUGGAAAGCCAAACAAAAGGAAAGGUUUUAAUGAAGGAUUGUGGGAAAUACAAAACAAUCCACAUGCGUCAUACACAGCACCAGCUCCUGCCAGCUCAUCUGAGAGUGAGGACAACGAACCUGCAGCAGGAAGUGAUGCACAAGAAGAUGAAGAGGUGGUGGUACCAAGUAAAGCCGAAUCAGGAAGUGAGGAAUCUGACUCUGGAAGUGAAGAACAGGGCAGAGGAGCAGUGAAACGGAAAGCUCCAGCAUCUAAGCGACCGCCAGCGAAAAGAGGGAGAGCAUCAUCUAGUGAGCGAGAUGAAGAAGAAAGUGUCUCUGUCUCGGAGCCAGAGCCUUCCCCCAGCUCUGAAUCAGAAUCUGGCAAAAACAGUGACCAGGAUUUUACUCCACAGAAGGAGUCGAGUGGCCGGGGAGGUAGGAAACCUGCAGGAAGAGGCAGGAGGAAGAAACCGCCCUCAGAUUCUGAGUCAGACUCAGGAUCACGGUCUGAUCAUAAGCGCGACAGAAGUGAUUCUGAGGAUGUGAAGCCACGGCCGGCCAUCUCUGGAUCUGAAUCUCAGUCUGGAUCCAAGUCAGAGUCUGAAUCAGAUCCUCCACCCAAGAAAGCUCCACAGGCACGCAAGAAAGAAAAACCACCACAGAAGGCACGUGCAAGAAAGCCCAAACCAGCACCGGAAAAAGCUCCUUCCUCACCUUCAGGCAGUGACAGUGACAGUGAUUCAGAUCAAAUCAGCGACUGGAAGAAACGAGACGAACAGCGGCGACGGGAGCUGGAGGAGCGCAGGAAGAAGGAGGAGGCAGAGGAGCUUCGCCGGUUAAGGGAGCGAGAGAAAGAAGAGGACGAGAAAAAGAAGAAGGAAAAAGAGAGCAAAGGACGGAAAGAGGAUGACAGCAGCAAUAGUAGCAGCAGCAGUAGCUCAGACGAAGGCGCAGACGACCAUCCUCUCAAGAAGUCCAAGAAACCACCACCACCUCCUAUCCCUGCACCAUCAGACUCUGAUUCACCAGCACCCACUGAGGUAAAAAAGACAGCUAAACGUCAAGAUGGCCAGAAAGGCAGACAAAAGAAAGAGGUAAAAGAGAAAAGGGAGAGGAAGGAGAAGAAGAUGCAGCGAUCCGAGGAGAAACACAGAGCAAGUUCUAAAUCCGAGAAGCCAAAACGACGAUCUGAGCGUCCACCUGAGAAAAGGGUCGAGAAGAAAAAAGAGCCAUCUCCAGAAGAGAAGCUCCAAAAGCUGCACACAGACAUUAAGUUUGCACUGAAGGUGGACAACCCUGACAUUGAGAAAUGUUUACAGGCCUUAGAGGAGUUGAGCGCUGUACCAGUCACAAGUCAGAUACUGCAAAAGCACUCUGAUGUCAUCACCACACUCAAAAAGAUUCGCAGAUACAAGGCCAGCAGUGCAGUAAUGGAAAAGGCUACGGAGGUCUACAACAAGUUAAAACUCCAGUUUGUUGGGAAGUUGGAGCCAAAUAAACCAAAACCACAGGAGAAAGGAGAGGGGGAGAUUAAAACUGAACCACAGAACACAGAUACCAAACCGGUGAAUGGAGAGUCGGAAGCUGAGAAAAAGGACAUGUCUGAAGGUGAAUCUAAGGAUCCAAUGUAUCCAGAGCAGGAGGAGGAAAGUGACCACAAAUCACAAAACAAUGAGAGGCCUGGAGCGGACAGCCCUGCUGAGCAGCACUCACAGAUGACGGAGGAAACAGAUCACACGUCAACAGCAGACACAGAGCCUCCACUACAAAGCUAAAGACCUGAACUGCUCUUUUCUUAGCUGAACUGAGAAUUUGGUCAUUGAUUUGUGUACUUUGUGAAGACGUUCUCCUUACUUGAGACCUCAUCGCUCUUUUACACAUGUACACGCUCUGACUCUUUCCUUACAUUCGUGUCGGUUUUGUCUACCAUUUAUAAACACCUGUUAUGAUGUUGUAUAUAGAAUUAUACAAAAGUUAUGCCCAGUAAGAACAAGGUCAGCAAGAGCCUUGUUUGUGUUCAGUGUGGCAAUGACCCUGCGCUAAAUGAUGUUUAGUCGUAGUGAUGGAGUCAAUGUUAUUUAAAAAUGCUGAUAUUUAAAAGAAAUGUCCAGGCCCUGAUAUGUGUGAAAAUGGUGUCUUUGGUACUUAGUAGGCCACCUUUUGUUAACCAGACUCCAUCCCUUUUUUUCUUUUUUGUAUAUAAAAAGAAAACAAAAAAACAAAUACUUUUUUCAUUAACCGAAACAAUAUGUAAAUUGAGCCACACAGCAGGAGUUAAUGAACUAUUUUCAUACAGUAGUGCACCCGAAUUUUAACCAACAUGCAGUAUGAUUUAGUGAUAAGGGGCUUAAUUCUAAAUUCUACAGAGUGGUCCUGCUGUCUGUCCAGUCUUCUCAUUAUUAAUUCUAUGUCUGACGCUUGUCUUGCGUGUAUAGAUGUUUUUAGUGCAAAUGUAAACUGGUCAGACCAUUUUUACCACUGAUGGACAUGGAAAUAAACGUCAGCAUGGUGGCCCUAAUAAUUCCAUUUA